AGAAACAAUGAGAACCCGAGUUUCCCUUUUCUCGAUCCUGAUAUUGCUGAUUUGCUGCCUGGAUUGGAGUGGCGCUUUUUUCUUCAAGAAGUCCUGGAAGUCGGGAAAAGGAUAUAGUGGAGUACAAAAUUAUGGGAACAAUGGAUACGGCAACUACGGAUAUGGAAACUCCGGUUAUGGAAACCCUGGUUAUGGAAACCCUGGUUAUGGAAACUAUGGCUAUGGAAACUAUGCAGGAGGCUAUGGCUACAAUUAUACAUCCUAUCCGGCGUACAAUUCCUACUCAUCAUACCCGUCUUAUUCAGGCCACUCUUCUUACUCCUAUCCAAAAACAGAACGAAAGCCUUCUGGAAAACGACAAGGACGAACUUACUCGCAAAUAGCAAAGGUCCUAAACCCUGCUCCGUAUGUUGGUCUAGGAGGCUAUCGAUUCCUCCCACGAACUCCCUUCUCCGCUCUUUGGGGUUGAGUUUCUUCUUAACCAACGUUUGGUCGCAUGCAGUAUUAACC